UUGGCAUUCUGACAACAGUGAGAUGUCCGCCGUGUAAGAUAUGAACACGGGAUCGUGGAACUCGUAAUUCUCAACACGACGAUCAUUUGAUCGUAUCUCGUCGAUAUUGGCAGCAGAUAAAGGCGUUCACUCGUUUGUCGCAUCGCAAGCAAUUCCGACAAGCAGUACCGAAACACGCAUACACCCAAGCUGUCAUGCCUUUGAGUGAAUUAUAAACAUUUCUGUCGACGGCUGUGCACGUGUUCGAAUCUCACUGUUUCGUUGUAUCGUUUGCACAAUCUCAGAUGCAAUAUUCUGACAUAUCACUUCGACCUGACAUUCCGAAACGAAAAUUUACGAUUAUUCCUCUGAUACAAGAUUUGAGAUAAUGAGAGAUAACGAUUUGGAAAUUUAGACGGGAGGCUCGGCAUCGCGUGAAUGCGACCGAUAUAUGACUAGUAUGAAUCAUUUUUUUUAUUGAUUCGUACGUAUCAGAGGAGUUCUAGGCUUUUCGCAAAAUGAGCCCGCUUCGUAUUACUACAGCGGACAGUCUCGACUAUCGUUAUAUACCGAUCACAAAAAAUAGCAUCAGUAUAGGUAUUAAAGCUAGUCAUGAUGCAAGGAUUGCUCUACGAACGCAUCUUGGUAGCGACUCUAAUGUAUACGAGAUUAUUAUCGGAGGAUGGGGAAAUACUAUGUCAGCUAUAAAAAGAAAUAAUACCGAGCCAGAUGUGGCAGAAGCAGAGACUAGAGAUAUAUUGAAAUCUGACGAGAUGUGUGAUAUUUUUAUACAAUGGUCUUGCGAUGGAUUGUUAAGUGUUAAUUGCGAAGAUGUGCAUGAUUUUGAUGAGUCAUUUAUGUCUUAUAAAGACAGAAGUCCGUUUGUUAUAAAUUAUGUAGGAUUUAGUACUGCAUGGGGUGCUACUGGAGAAUGGAUAAUCGAAGAGUGCCAGUUUACGUCGUCAGCCAUCAGACAGCAACUGGUGGAUACAUGCCAUUUCUGGGUGGAUUUUAGCGAGGCGAUCGGACUGCCUCAAAACGCAGUGAUGGCCUCUGAGGAUGGUCUGUACGUAGGUCGGGCACAUCACGAAGGAACUGUGACACCGGGCGGCAUCCGUGAAAAUGUCUGCACACUCGUAUGGGGCGGCAAUGUUCAUGAGAAGCGUGAUUUCCAAGUGCUGUGUGGCAAGGACGUGAACUGGGUGAAAUCAUGGGAGGGUAGCGUGCCUCUGCAUGCUCUACCAGCCGGCGAAACUGAGGACGGUUACGCUCUGUUCAUCGGUAGAGUAUUGCUCGAGGGGAUCUAUCACAUCGGAAAGAUACAACCAAAUCAUCAGGUAUGUUACAUACCGCUGAACGGCCAAGAGAUGCCCUACCUAGAGUACGAGGCCUUAGUCAUACAUGAUAACUAUGGAGUCGAGUGUAUUGGGAGGUAAAUCGACAGAAUGUAUUUAUUUUUCUAUGGGAUGAAAAAUAUUUUCCGCAUAAGUUAGUUAAAUUCUUUCCAUAAAAUUUUAAUUGAAAUUGUAUGCAUCAGCAUUCAGAAUAGAUGUCAUAUCUUUAAAGCUCCUGUUUUCUUAUACAUGGCAAGAGACUAAGAAAUUUAAUUGCUACGUAGAAUAAAAUUCUUUACUCUAGGAAGCUACUAGAUUUUAUGAAUUCAAAAUAUUGUUGAAUUGUGAUAAUUUUAUAUUCAAUUAUUUCUAAUGUUGCUCUGUAGUUUGGAAAAAUGUAGGUAACUUUGUGUCUAAAGAUUCAAGAAUAUUUUUCAUUAUAUCAUACAGCGAGUAUUGCAAAGUACCUUUAUAUUUAUUACAAGUUAUUGAUGUAAGAAUAAAAUAAUUCUUUUUCUUCAA